GGGAACCACUCCCCACAAGCCAUUUACAGGCAAGUGAGGGGUAGUAUGGGAUAAAGGUUGACGUCCUUUUUCUUUAACUGGACAAGCAAGUUUUAGUUUGUCUUCUCGAACUCUACGACCUUUGCGUGCUCCAGUUUCCUCCUCCUCGUCACUGUCUGCCUUAUCUUCCUUAUUGGGUUCAAUCCAGUCUCCUCUAUUUAAACUCGCAUUGCUCGAAUAGCUUUCCUCUGCAGACCGAUUGGCGAGGCAUACUGCGUUUUCUGAUAAGUAGUCUGAUUGUUACGAAAACACGACAUGGAGGGACAGUGUGCUAUCAAGAGAGACGUCACCGAGUUAAUAGGCAAUACUCCAAUGGUUUAUCUCAAUAAUGUUGUAGAAGGCUGUGUUGCUCGCAUUGCUGCGAAGCUUGAGAAUAUGGAGCCUUGUUCUAGCGUUAAAGAUAGGAUCGCACUUAGCAUGAUCCAAGAUGCUGAGGAAAAAGGCCUGAUAACUCCAGGAAAGACCGUCCUUAUCGAAGUCACCAGCGGUAACACCGGCAUUGGUUUGGCUUUUAUUGCUGCCCUUAAGGGCUACAAGCUAAUCCUUGUCAUGCCAGCUUCAUAUAGUAUUGAGAGAAGAAUUCUAAUGCGAGCUUUUGGAGCUGAGGUAUAUAUCACAGAUCCGGCCAAGGGAUUAGAUGGGGUCCUUCAAAAGGCUGAGGAGAUCCAGAACAGGACACUGAAUAGUCACUUCUUCCGACAGUUUGAGAAUCCUGCAAAUCCAAAGAUUCAUUAUGAAACUACUGGCCCAGAAAUAUGGAAGGACUCGGGAGGAAAGGUGGAUGCCUUCGUUUCAGGAAUAGGGACGGGAGGCACAGUAACUGGCGUGGGCAAAUUCCUCAAGGAAAGAAACCCAGAAAUCAAGGUGUAUGGCGUCGAGCCAGUUGAAAGUGCAGUCCUGAAUGGUGGAAAUCCAGGCAAGCACUUGAUACAAGGAAUUGGUGCUGGUUUCAUCCCACCAGUUUUGGACGUCGGCUUGCUUGACGAAGUCCUCCAAAUAUCAAGUGAGGAAGCUAUUGAGACUGCUAAGCUUCUUGCCCUGAAAGAGGGUCUACUGGUAGGGAUCUCUUCAGGGGCUGCAGCUGCAGCUGCAAUAAAGUUGGGAAUGCGGCCAGAAUUUGCAGGAAAACUGAUCGUUGUUGUUUUCCCUAGUUUCGGAGAGCGUUAUCUUUCGACCGCCCUUUUCGAUUCAAUCAGGGAUGAGGCUCAAAACAUGACUUUUGAUUAGAGUGACAACUGCCACAACUCGGUCCAAAGUUAGUGUGGAAAUAAACAGGUCGCCUAUUCAUGGAGAUCUCAACUUGUCUACUAAAAUGUCAACUACUGGUUUUCACAUGUCGAUGCUGUUCUGAGCACAUUACGACGACUCCGACUCACUCCCAGGAAUGACUUGCUUUUGUUUGAAAUUCAGCAUGUUAAGAUGUUUGCUGGAACUUAUUUGUCAAUGAUACACUAUAUGAUCUUUUCCUCUCUCUUGCAGUCCAAGGGACUUUAGCAUCUGAAUAAAAUGUCUGUAAUUUCCUACGUACGUUGUUUGAUUCCAUGCUUCGGUCCUGUUCUAUUUUCGAAUUUUCAAUGCUGUGAUACCAGAAGAACUCCUACAGAUGAAA